UUUAUUAUUCAGGUUCCUGUUGGGGGGUUUGGUGGUCAAACGGAGCCUUGUGCUGCUGCUAUGAAACCGAAAUUAAGUUGAAAACGUGCCUAUAGACGACUUUUUUACGCGAGGAAUUUAUUUCAUUAGACACGUUGGAAAUGCAGGAUACAAUUUCCAGUUGUUUAUAGAGAGAUUGUUCCGAGUUUCGCGGUGCUUUGUACAGGCGGGUUGGGUGAGCGGCCUGCGGCGUCCGCCGACCAGGAAAAUCCGCGGAUCAGGUUUUGGCCUUCGGUCGGUUUCGAAACCGGAGCAUGUUUUAACAGCUUUUAAAGGAGGAAAAUUAACCAAAUUCUAAUGCCAACUUGUGUCAGGAGAAACAGAAAGGAGUGACCAAAUCAGAAGGAAUCCGGCGGAACUGGUGUGCCUCUGUUUUUUUCUUCUUCAUAUCUUGUUUUUCACGUUUGGAGGAUGCCCCCACACGCAGUGUUCUGAGCACGUUUUGGAGCCAGCGAGUGCUCCGGGAGGUUUGAGGUGUAAUACAUCUCCCAUUUCUCACCUGUGGUGGUCCCAUUGAGCCGUCAAAAUAAGUUCCUCGUUGCCCCCCCACUUGUCGCAUCGCGGCCAGUCCAGCAACCCCUUCCCCCUGGAUUCACACGCCAAGCGGUCCCACUACGGCACCAAGCUGAAUCCGUACACGCGGGCGCGGAUGACAGAAGCAUGGCAGCAGCAUGCUGUUGCCCCGCCUCCUGUCGUCCACACCAUCCCGCCGGGGGCAGAGAACGCGCUCGGGUGCGCCGUGUACGGCAUCGUGCUACAGCCAGACACUCUGCAGUCGCAGCAGCAGCAACAACAGCAGCAACAUCACAGCCAGCAGCACAGCCAGCAGCAGCAGCACCCGGCUCAGGCGCAGCAGCCUUCACUGCAGGUGGGGAGCGAAGGAGGCCACAAAUGCGGCGCGUGCGGCCAUGACAUCUCGCAUCUGGCCAAUCCACACGAGCACCAGUGCAUGGUAAGCCAGGACCGCUCGUUCCAGUGCACGCAGUGCCUGAAGAUCUUUCACCAAGCCACAGACCUCUUGGAGCACCAGUGUGUGCAGGUGGAGCAGAAGCCGUUUGUGUGUGGUGUGUGCAAGAUGGGCUUCUCGCUGCUCACGUCACUAGCACAGCACCACAAUGCACACAACAGUGGAAACCCCAUGAAGUGCUCGAUCUGCGAGAAGACCUACCGGCCCGGAUCUUCAGGAAACGCCACGCCGACUUCGUCAGGCAGCACCAAUCCAGCUCAGCCUUCCAGCGACGGUGCAUCAGCGAGCAGCAGCGCAGCUGUUGGUGCUUCUGGACAGCCCACCUUCGAGUCCUCAGCUCCUUACAGGCCAUACAAGUGUUCUGUGUGCUCAAAGGGUUUCCGGCAUCUGUCAGAACUGACACGGCACGAGCGCGUGCACACGGGGGAGAAGCCAUUCAAGUGUGAGACGUGUGACAAGAGCUUCAGCCAGCAGUCGCACCUGCAGCACCACCAGCGCACGCACAGUUCAGAGCGACCGUUUAAGUGCGCUGUGUGUGAAAAGAGCUUCAAGCACCGCUCACACCUGGUGCGGCACAUGUACGCGCACUCGGGUGAGCACCUAUUCAAGUGCAACGUGUGCGAGCUGCACUUUAAGGAGUCGUCCGAGCUGCUGCACCACCAGUGUCAGCCUCAGGGCGCGCGGCCAUUCCGCUGCGCCACGUGCGGCAAGGGCUUCAAGCGGCCGUCCGACCUGCGCCAGCACGAGCGCACACACUCUGAGGAGCGACCGUAUCACUGCGACGACUGCCAGAUGAGUUUCAAGCAGCAGUAUGCGCUCGUGCGUCACCGCCGCACGCACACGGCCUCCGGAGAUCGACCUUUCAAGUGCAACCUCUGUGACAAGGGCUUCCUGCAGCCGUCACACCUGCUUUACCACCAGCACGUGCACGGCAUGGACAACCUGUUCAAGUGUGCCUCAUGCGGCAAGGGUUUCAGCCAGUCGGGCGAGCUGCUACGGCACAAGUGCGGCGAGAGCUCGAGCACGCCCACCAACCCGGACAAGCCGUACAAGUGUGACGUCUGCGGUAAGGCCUACAAGAAAGCAGCAACGCUGCAGCGCCACCAAACAACACAUUGUAACGAGAAGCCUCUGAAGUGCUCGCUAUGUGACCGCCGCUUCCUCUCGUCGUCCGAGUUCGUGCAGCACCGCUGCGACCCGUCGCGAGAGAAGCCGCUCAAGUGCCCAGACUGCGAGAAGCGCUUCAAAUACUCGUCCGAGAUGAACCGCCACCGGCGUGUCCACACCGGCGAGAAGCCGUACAAAUGCGCCAGCUGCGAUAAGGGCUUCAAGCAGCGUGAGCACCUUGCCAAACAUCAAAGCGUUCACUCCAGGGAUGCGCAGUUCAAGUGUGUGUGGUGCGGAGAGCGCUUCGCUGAUCUCGGCUUGCUCCAGGAGCACACGGUCCAACACACUGCUGAAGGAGGCGGAUACCCCGUUUCUUCACUUAUUCAAUUCCUAGGCAUUUGAUGAUGAUGAUGAUGAUGGUGGUGGUGAUGGUGAUGGUGUCAUACGGAGUAGUUUUGUGCACCUUGUUGAUUCGUGUUCGCUUCCUCACACAGACGAGGAGUUCGAUUGUUCCUCAUUCAGAGCCAGCUUUGAGAAUUGGUCGACGUCACAACCUCCCUUAGUGUCAACCAAACUUUGAAUAUGAUUUGUGUUUUCUCUGUACAGUAGCAUGUGUGAGAUUUCUACAGCCUGUAUAGAUUUAUUAUAUUUCCUGUUUACUUGCCUGCAUUUAUACUGUAAAAUGACGCCCCAUGCCAUCUUUUGUUUUGGUAUGACAGCUAAUUUUUUGUUCGCCCCAUGAUGUAAGAAGGGAAAAUAUGCUUGGAGCCUAUAAAGGUUGAUGCGAUUGUUAAUUCCCCCUCAUAUGUGUUGUUCAGUGUCACUCAUGUUACGACAGUCAACAAGUCAUAUUCUUUAGCACCCUAGGCGCUUGGGCGAAUGUGGACGUGAGUGCAGAAUAAAUGUACGCAAAUCUCUACGGCCCUAAUUUUGAACUCCAAGGUGACGGUGGUAGUUUUGCACAAGCGAGGUUGUGUGGCGCUCUCGGUUUCCCUCCAUUUUCAUGUGGCUGUGAUUGAUGAGCAGGCCUCUGAGGGCCGUGCAGUAUUAUAAUUAACGCGUGCCGUGUGGAGGUCGGAGCUCUAGAUACAUUUGGCCUUAAAAGCAUGAACGAUUCAGGGUGUAUCCAUAGCCUCCAUGUUUAUAUUGUGGUCUUUGAUUUUUUUAUAUAUAUAUACAUAUAUAUAUAUAUUUUACAUAUACAUUCUUAAACAUUUGUGUUUGUUUCAAGAGGCGUUUUUUUUCCCCCCCAGGCAUUAAAAGUUUGACUCAAAGGGCAGUUGGGAUUCAAGAAGAAAAAAAAAACCUAUGCCUUUUUUUUUUUUUGUUUUGUUUUCACAUUUGCAUUGUAUAUUCAUUUUUUUUUAAUUAAUAUUGUUUAAAAUUUCUAUAUAAAUAUAUAUACUUGGUGGGAGGGUCAGGGCCACAGAGGAAGGGAUGCUGGGUAAUAAGGUCGAGGGGGACAUUCUGGGUUGAGGUGAGGGGUUUUUGCGCGUACUCGCCUUCCUCUGCGGUCGUGCACUCUGCCUCGUGCAUGCCUGCUGUGUUAGUUCCUGUAAUCUGUUUUUAAAAUGUUUGUGCUCCACAGCACACUUUAACUCCUCUUUAGCUUUUUCCAAUUGUAGAUUGUGGAUGAGUUAGUAAGAAAAAAUUCAUGUGGAGAUGGAUGUGACAUUCAUGCUAAAUAUCUGUAUGUAGCAUUUAAUAUACACAGCACUAACUAAUAAACUUUCUCAAUAAUAA